AUGCCUUCCCCCUGUGAUAUUUCUUCCUCUGUCAAGAACACCUGGUUCUUCGCGGGCCUGGCUGCUUCUCGCUGGGCUCCCGGUGGCAUCGAGGAGCAGAAGAUGGCCCAUCAGGUGGUCGACCAGCAGACCACAAACCAGAAGGUAAAUGGCCAGAAGACAAAUGAACGGAAGCUAAACAAUCAGAAGACUAACAACCAGAAGAAGAGCAUUCAGAAGACUGCCAGCGACCAGGCAUCCGCCUCGACUGCCAACGGCCUUGCCAGUUCACGAUGGGCUGCAAACCCCACCGAAACCGCCACCAAGAACGUGAACACUCUGAAGAAGGGCAACCAGCAGGUCGUCAAGGACGAGGCGCACGUCCCAUCAGUCAAUGGCCUUACCAAGUCCCUAUGGGCGGCCAGCCCCGCCGAAGCGACCAACCAGACUGUCAACAAGAAGAAGAACAAGGUCGAUGAGGCGAAACACAAGACAAAUCAGAAGAAGAAUCCACACGGAACUCCUACCAACCUCCCAGCGCCCGUCGCCAAGACCAAGGCGACACCCCGCCGCAUCAUCGGGGAACUCUCAGAGGAGAAGGCAGUCAAGAUGGAGAACCCCUUCUUCGACCCGGAGAAGCACAAGGGCCUUGCGAGUUCCCGCUGGGCUAACUAG